AUGGCUUGUCAAGGCCUCUCACCUGUGUUGGCAAGGGUCAUUGGCCACUGGUCGAGGAUCGGCGACCCCCCGCAGGAUCCUGAGACGGUGAUCAUAAUGGAGUCCAACUUCCCUGAAUUCUCUUCCCCUGUUCGCGGUUUCGAGGACGAUAGCCUCACUCAUCCAGCCAUUUCAUAUCAUUCCCGGAAUAUCUGUAAUGCAGUCAAAGUCAUUGAACCUCCUGUUAUUUCCGACUCUGCAGAAAUGACCUCUCUCCUGCACCAACCCGAACCCAUAUCUUGUGCACCAUCUGUUCCCAUUAACCUUGAUGGAGACCUGAAUCUUCCAUCGGCAGAUACAAGACCCGCUGUGGGGAUGCUUCGCCAUUCGACUAGCUCCGGUGAAAGCCCAAAUAAAGAGGGGGAGUCUCUUUCCCUCUCAGAUCACAGCAACUCAAAGGAUCCUGUUCUGAAAUACAUAAAUCAGAUGCUUAUGGAAGAGAACAUGGAGGAGCAACCCUGGGUCGUUCCCAACAUCAUGGCUCUACGACACACAGAGAAGUCCUUGUAUGAUGCACUUGGCAAGAAAUACCCAGAUUCCCCCAAGCAAACCGAGCGGGUUGAUACCAAUCAGGUCAUCAACAGCUCAAGUUGGAGUUAUGGUGGAAGCAGCGGCGAUCAUGGCAGUAAUGGCACUAUCAGCACCGGCUCCAACUCUUGCCCUUCUCUGGAUCCAAAUUCACAUGAUGGUCCAGAAGGAAAUGAUAACGCUUCCAUUCAUGCCAAAAGUCUGGGUGACAUGGUCUUGUAUUCGAACGUGGAUCGCACAUUUCAGUCCUCCAUCAAUUCUGUAAACAGAUUGCCUAAGUACGGUUAUAAGUUUAGUUACUCUGUUCCGAGUGAGCUACUAAUUAGGCAAUUGUUCAACAACAAUGAGUCUAUCCUGCAAUAUAAUAAAGGGUUAGAGGAGGCCAAGAAGUUCAUCCCUAGUAGCAUUCACAUGUCUAUCAAUCAGGAGAAAGAUGGAUUGGCUGCAACCAUCAGGAAGAGAGCAGAAACCAGCAUCGAUGGUUGUAAUCAGUCAGAGAAUGGGUCAAGGGGGAGAAAGAAUCAUGAAAGGCAUUAUGCCAGGAUCGAAGAAGGGCGGGCCAACAAGCAAUUGGCUUUGUACAACGAAGACUCUGAGCUUUCAGAUCUGAUUGAAAAGUUGUUGCUCAGCAACAAAAAUGGGGGGCUUCUAUCAUUGAAGUGCAAAUCAAAGAAGUUAAGUGGAAUCAAGGAUCUUCAUGAUCCUAAUGUUAUUGGGUUAAGUGGAAUCAAGGAUCUUCAUGAUCCUAAUGGUAUUGGGUUUCAUAGUAAAAAUAAGGGAAACGAGAGCACAUCGGAUUUGAGGAGUCUUCUGAUUCUUUGUGCACAAGCUGUCUCUGCUAAUGACUUCAAGACCGCUCGUGGACUGCUAAAGCAAAUCAGACAAGAUUCAUCUCCCUCCAGCGAUGGUUCUCGAAGGGCAGCCCAUUACUUUGCCAAUGGGCUGGAAGCACGCCUUGCCGGCAGUGCCGGUAGAAGUCAAGCUUUUUAUUAUUCAGUUAUCCAGAAGAGAUCGGUAGCUGAUAAGGUGAAAGCAUACCAACUUCAUUAUUCAGCCUGUCCAAGCUCGAAAUUCCAAAUCCUCUUCUCAAACUACGUGAUUUUGAAAGCAGCAGAUACAGAAAAAGUGCUUCAUAUUAUUGACUUCGGUAUUAAUUUUGGUUAUCAAUGGCCAAUCCUUAUCCAAGAGCUCUCGAACAGAACCGGAGGGGUUCCAAAGCUGCGAAUCACAGGAAUAGAGUUUCCACAACCUGGAUUUCGUCCCGCCGAAAGAAUUGAGGAAACAGGUUGCCGUUUGGCCAAGUACUGUGAGCGCUUUAAUGUGCCUUUCGAAUUCCAAGCGAUAGCAUCAGCAAGCUGGGAAUGUAUCCAAGUUGCAGAUCUCAAGAUUCGAAGCGACGAGUUUGUUGCCGUGAAUUGUCUUGCUCGAUUUGAGUAUCUCUAUGACGAGACAGUGGAGGUGAACUGUCAGCGAGAUAUGGUCUUAAACCUCAUCAGGAGCAUGAAACCUCAUGUCUUUAUUCAUGGUAUAAAAAACGGAUCGUACAACUCGCCCUUUUUCGCAACAAGAUUCCGGGAGGCUCUUUUUCACCUCUCUACAACUUUUGAUAUAUUUGACAGUACCAUAGCUCGUGAUAAUGCGCAGAGGUUGGUCCUGGAGAGAGAUUUCCUCGGGCGAGGGAUUAUGAAUAUUGUGGCAUGUGAAGGUAUGGAGAGGGUGGAGAGGCCGGAAACAUAUAAGCAGUGGCAAGUUCGUCUUACCAGGGUUGGUUUCGAGCAGCUUCCUCUGGAUCAAGAAUUCAUAAAGAAGGCUAGGGCUAAGUUGAGUGCAGAUUAUCACAAGGAUUUCAUGCUUGAUGAAGAAAACAACUGGGUGCUGCUCGGUUGGAGGGGCCGGAUAAUUUCCGGCUGCGCCUGUUGGUUAUCAGCAUAGUUUAUUUUGAAAGCAUAGUUUCUACUAUAUUAAGCCACGAUGAGAUAUAUUCUUCCUGCAUUGCCUGGUGAUAAUCAUGUGCGAGAGACACUGAGAUCAUAAGAAGAAGCCAACACAAUAUAGGCAAGUUGUUUAUAGAUAAAGUAUAAAUGCUGUAAAUCAUCUCAACAGAAGAUGCCACAGGAGAAGGAUCUCAGCCCAAUGCAGUUUUAGGCAGAUUUAUGAUAGAUAAAACUGAUUUAGAAGGAGGAUGUCAAUAAAAAAGUAGGGGUUCUUGUGUGGAAGACAACUUCAUAAGUUCCUGUUAUACAUGUAUGCAGUGCCAACUCCAUAAGUUCAGAUCUUGCAGAGGCAUAGAACCUUCUUGCUUGUGGGUUGGGCUAAAGAAGUUUGAUGCGGAAUGUUGCUUUACUUCUAUGAAUAAA